AUGUCGACAUCUCAAGCCAGGAUUGCAACAGCGCCAUCAUCUUGGAUGGAUUGGGAGAAACUCGGAUUCAAGGAGCGCGAUGUCAACGGUCUCGUUCGCGUAAGGUACAAAGAUGGCAAAUGGGCCAAUCUUGAGAUCAGCAAGGAUCACCAUCUCAAUAUUCACGCCGCUGCUCCCUGUCUCAAUUACGGCCAACAGGCUUUCGAAGGUAUCAAGGCUUUCCGUAGCGCCAAUGGAUCGGUCAAGGUCUUUCGUCCUCAGGAGAACUGGUCUCGAAUGAACCUCAGUGCUCGAAUGGCAUCCAUGCCCGAACUUCCCGAGGAGCUGUUUUUGGAAGCUAUCAAGGUGGCUGUUGCGCUCAAUCUUGAAUAUGUUCCCCCUUACAAGAAGAACGCUUCUGGGGGGGCUCUUUACAUUCGACCUCUUCUGAUCGCUACGGGACCUAUGCUCAUGCUGGGUGCUCCUGAGGAGUUUACUUUUCUUGUUUGGGUCACUCCUGUUGGAUCGCUUUACGGUAGUGGUGGCGAGAUUGCCGCGGUUGAUGGCUUUGUUUUGGACACGUUCGACCGAAGCGCACCUAUGGGCACAGGACACACCAAGCUCGGUGGUAAUUAUGCACCCGUCUUUGGCCCUACAGCACAAGCAAAGAAGCAGGGCUACCCUAUUACGCUUCAUCUUGACUCGGCUACGCACACCAACAUCGACGAGUUUUCCACUUCAAACGCACUUGCCAUUCAGAAGGAGGGCGACAAGACUACACUCGUUGUUCCCGAGAGCACAUCCAUUCUUCGUUCGGUGACCAAGGUUAGCGUUGUCGAGAUUGCAGAAAAGCUUUGCGGUUGGAAGGUCGAGCUGCGACAGGUUGCGUUUGAGGAGCUCAAGCAGAACAAGUUUGUCGAGUUUAUGGCUGCUGGUACUGCGGCGGGCAUCACACCGGUACGUUGCAUGUCGUACAACUCUCACAAGCCUCAAUUGCAACACGAAAAGCUCUCCAAAGAGGGUCCCAAGUACACGCUCCCUGCAGAGAACAAGGUAGUUCGCAUCGACUUUGGCGAUGGCAAGUCUGCCGGCGAGUGUUCGCAGCGUCUUUUUGACGAGUUGACUUCCUACCAGUGCGGUGACCAGGAAGAUAAGUUUGGCUGGCUCUGGCCUGCUGAAGGUAUCGUUGCUGAGGAUGCCAAGAUUGCCUAG